AACAAACUUCUCCCUUAGCUUCCUCCCUUCUCUUUUCUAACUCCAAAGGAAAGAGAAGAAGAGAGGCGCUUCGUGGGUCAAAGAUGCUUGUCAUCACCAUUGUAAACCCUGCUCUCACAUUCUCAGGCCUUUUAGGCAAUCUGCUGUCCGCAAUGGUGGUGCUGGCCCCGGUGCCGACCUUUUACAGGAUCUGCAAGAAGAAGUCGACCGAAUCCUUCCACUCAGUGCCGUACGUGGUGGGUCUGUUCAGCGCGACGAUGUGGGUCUACUACGGCAUCCUCACCGCCGACGUCCUGCUCCUCACCAUCAACAUCGCCGUCUGCUUCAUCGAAGUCAUCUACCUCUUCAUCUUCCUCCUUUACGCGCCAGCAAAGUCCAGGACAUUCACGACGAAGCUGAUAGUGAUGAUCAAUUUGGGGGUAUUUGGCUGCCUGCUCCUCGUGAGCAACCUCUUCAUCAAGGAAAGCCGCAGAGCUCAGAUUACGGGAGGGAUAUGCGCCUCCUUCGCAGUCAGUGUCUUUGUGGCUCCCCUCAGCAUCAUAAGGCUGGUGAUAAGGACCAAGAGCGUAGAGUACAUGCCAUUUUCACUGUCCUUCUUCCUCACGCUGUCGGCCAUCGCGUGGUUCAGCUACGGAAUGCUCCUCGGGGACCUAUUCGUCGCGGUGCCGAAUGUGUUUGGGUUCCUGUUGGGGAUCACGCAAAUCAUCAUAUACUUGAUCUACAUGAACCACAACAAGGACGGGAGCAAGGCCAAGAUGGGGAGCCAGGAGCUCCCUGAGAAGAAGAGCAGCGCACAGGGCGAGGCAGGAGAGUGUGCUCAGGUGGCAGAAGAAGUGUAGGGGAUUGA